CUCGUAAGCAAAAGAAAGAAAGAGAGAGAAUGGGAAAGCUAAUGCCAAAGAGGUUUUGCAUUGGGUUUGGGUGUGGAAGAAUUGGGACAAGCAGUAGCAACAACAAGAGGUCAUCAUCAUCAUCAUCAUCAUCAUCAUCAUCAUCAUCAUCAUCAUCAUCAUCAUCAUCAUCAUCAUGUAACAAUAACACUAUAAAAUGGGAGAUGAGACCUGGAGGGAUGCUGGUUCAGAAGAGAUCAGAAGAUUCCAACACUGACGAUUUAAUCAGCCUUAAAGUCUCCACUGUUUCUCAGCUUUCAUAUGAAAUCUCCAUUGAUGCAAACUCCACUUUCGGUGAAUUGAAGAUGAUGAUAGCAAUAAAGAGUGGAAUUGAGCCAAUAGAGCAGAGACUCUUGUUCAAAGGGAAAGAAAGAGAAGACAGAGAAUACUUACACAUGAUAGGUGUUGGGGAUGGGGACAAAGUCUUUUUAUUACAAGAUCCUGCUUUUAGGGAGUUGAAACUUCUUCGUCUUUCUUCACUUCCCAAUUACUGCCUAAUUUGAUUCCUUACUUUAUUAUUUGAUUAAUCAAUCGAUUAAUUAGCUCUAAUCUAUUUGAAAGAGAAAUGGGAUAAUUUCUUAGUAGGAGCUAGUAUUAGAGCA